CCUUUGCUCCAGUCAUUACUGACAGGAGCUGACGCCAUGUCUGGACGUGGCAAGCAAGGCGGCAAGGCUCGCGCUAAGGCUAAGACUCGGUCUUCCCGGGCCGGUCUCCAGUUCCCCGUGGGUCGUGUCCAUCGUCUUCUUCGUAAGGGUAACUAUGCCGAGCGAGUUGGGGCCGGCGCGCCAGUGUACCUGGCGGCGGUGCUGGAGUACCUGACGGCUGAGAUCCUGGAGCUGGCGGGCAACGCUGCCCGCGACAACAAGAAGACCCGCAUCAUCCCGCGCCACUUGCAGUUGGCCAUUCGUAACGACGAAGAGCUCAACAAGCUGCUGGGCAAAGUCACCAUCGCGCAGGGUGGCGUCCUGCCCAACAUCCAGGCCGUGCUGCUCCCGAAGAAAACCGAGAGCCACCACAAGACCAAAUUUAUCUCCUGAGUUCCAGACGUGCAUAUUCAUCUACCUUCUGAAAUUCUUACAGUUUUCCCAGGAAAUGCAAAAUGCAUAUCCCAUGUUGAAUUCAACACCUUCAUCACCAAUUCUGCAUCUCCAGUAAAUGACAUCAUCGUCUACCCAUUAUCAUGAGCCAACAUGACUACAUCAUUGAAUAUUCAUUUUUGUGUGUCAUUUCUAUAGCAAAAUGCAAAUGCUU